AUGGCUAGUUAAGUCUCAAAGUUAGGAAUCGAUUUAGAUCGUUCAAUGGAUACAAUUGGCUCAACUAAUGUACUUUACCUAAACUUAAUUUUAGUUAGCAUUAAUUAGCAUCACAUUAUGAAGUACCAAACUUAGCUUCCACAAGACUUAGUGGCAGCUUGCUUCAGAGUUGGAAACUAUAUGAAUCUCAGAGAUUUACCUGAUUUAAUUGGACCAAACAGUGUCCUAUAAGCUUUAAAGGAAAAACUUGAGAAAGCUAAUGCCUUAUCUCAGAUCAAUGCAAAUAAUCGAUAGAAAUAUUCCACACUUGGAAAAGGUAACGGGGUGUUUCAGAAGUUCGAAUGGAUCCCUGAUCAAUUCUCAGCUUAGAAUAGUAGAGAAACUAUGGGUAAGCUGCAUAAGCUUGCUUUCAACCCUGCUAAAGUAAAAAAGAACAUCAAAUAUGAGUAUCCCUUUUUGGGAAAAGAUGAAACUUACACCUACAGCUUUUUAUUGAUUGAUGAUCCUUAUGAUGCAACUAAAGAUGAAAUUUUGAGAACAAAGUGGAUGGAAGAGGCAAGAAUGCUUUAUGGUGACUUUAAACCGUCUGGUCCAUAAAAGCCUUUAACUGAUGUCAGCAAGAGUAGAAUGCAAGACAUUGUAGAAACUUUAAAGAAAUUGCUUUUAUCUGACUGGAAUGAUGUUAAUUUUGUGAUUGGAAGUAAGGCUUAUACUUUUUUAUAAUUUAUUUCAGCUAAUCCGAAUGACUUCAUUGAGAUUAAAUUUGAUCUGACCACUAUUGAUACUCUUCAAGGCCUGCAUGCCUAUAUGAAUACAUUACUGUACAAUAAUGAGGAAAUAAUGAGAUUUUGUCUAAGGAAAAUCAGUCAUUUCUGGGGCUAUAAAGAAGGAAGCUACAUUUACUACAUGUUUGCACCUCCUUGGAAUGAUAAAAUCAAUCAAAUAAAGGUAAACCAGGGUUCAAAUAAUCAAGCUAAUACAUAAACAAACAACAACAGUAGUCUGGAAACAACAGUUAAUCCUGCCAAUCCCAAACUUCCCACUCUCUACAGUAGAGAUAUUAAUAUAAACUGA